AUGCCUAACAAAUGGUUCAGGGGUUUGGAGUUACUGUACCGACUUACCCAAGCACACCGCAGUCAGAUGAGAAAUUCUCCAAGACAUUCAGCGCCUCUGCCGGAGUGGCAAGAAGCACUACCACGUUCCGAACCAGAACUUAGCACAGAAAAGCGUAACGCCGGAGGACAGUAUGAUUCAGGUGCUUCUGCUUCGUCUACGACCUACUACGGAGUAACAUCAGCGCCGAAUUAA